AAAGAAACCAUCACUCUAGUGAAGCUUCCGUUUUCCUAAUCUCUGUACUUGCCGGUUGAUACCAUGUUUUCUUUGUUUACGGCCAUCUUCUAUUGGAUUGGCCACCCUCGAAACCCACCAAGAUACAGCGAUUACUCACCACUCGUUUUCUACCAUAAUCCGGAAGGCGAUGUAUUCUGGUCAUUUGGGCAUUUCGCCAAUUCGCUUCCCUCCAAAAUGGCAUCCACUUCCCCGUCUCUCCGUUCCGCGGUCUCCUUCCCCUUCCCCACGGCUGCCGGAGCCCGCCGCCGCGCCCACGCCGGCUCGGCUCAACCGGUCGUGAGCCCGAAGCUCCUCUCCUCGCCAUUUCGUGCGGCACCCACGAACGCGGUGCCUCGGCGGCUUCUCCUGCCGGCGGCUGCCGGCAUUUGGGACUUCCUCUCCGGCGGGGCGGGCGGAGCAGCCGCCGCGUCGCUCGCCGUCCGGCGAGGCAUGCAACUCUUCAGGCAGGGAGAUGUCGCUGGAUCACUGGCAGAGUUCGAUCGGGCGAUUGAGUUGGAUGAGCGGCAGAAGCAAUAUCUCUGGCAGAGAGGACUUUCACUCUACUAUCUGGACAGGUUUAAAGAAGGUGCAGAGCAGUUCAGGCUGGAUGUUGCUGCCAAUCCAAAUGACACUGAAGAGUCGAUAUGGUGUUUUCUCUGUGAAGCUCAGCUGUAUGGGGUAGAGGAAGCACGGAAGCGCUUCCUGGAGGUUGGUUUAGACUCAAGACCUGUAAUGCGCGAAGCUUAUGCAUUGUUCAAAGAUGGUGGGGAUCCUGAAAAGUUAUCUUCAAACUUUUCUAGUAGUUCGGAUGGUGAAAUUUUCUAUUCAUCACUAUACACUGGACUUUACUAUGAAUCUCAGAUCAAUAAAUGCUACUUUCACUCUGUACUGGACAGAAGGAUGCAGAGUCGGCAAAGCCCCACAUUGUUGCUGCAUGCAGGUCACCCUAUGGAUCAAGGUCCGGAGAUUACAUGGCUUCACUUGCAUUAGUUCAUUGUCAGUGUCGCAACUGGACUCUGGAGUGACCAGAGAUAUAUUUACACACAAGUUGACCAAAUCAUUAUUGUUCAAAGCCAAGAAAUAGGUAGCAGGCAAUUUUCUUGCGAUGGCUCACACUGUAUAUAAUUGGAGUUCUUGGUCUGCAUUAUUUGUCGAUUUGGUAAGUAGCACAUCCUGACGGGGAAGACAGAUUGUUGCACGGUUAUAGAACAAUGGUGGAGAUGGAUAAGCUCUUGUUCUGAUGGAUUGUAAUGGUGGACAAAACUUCAAGAUAUAAGGCAAGGCACGACACGCACACCCUGCCCAUUCCCAUGGCCCAGCCCAAACACGUGUGGCUUUUCAUCUAUACGCUUCAUCCUCUCAAUAAGUGCUCAUGAUGAUAACAUAUUUAGGUGAGUCAAUUUCUUGUUAAUAUCCCACAUGGGACUAUUGCACCGAGCAUUGAUUGUGAGGCUGGAAUUUAAUAGGAUUGAUUUGGGCCAAGCCCAUUUAAUUCCAAUAGACCGUGUGAUUUUGUUCAUAACCAUGCACACCAUGGCCAUAGAGUGGGUUUUCA